AUGCCCGAGGGGGCCCGCAAGGGCAGCACGAAGAAAACAGGCAAGCCAGCAGCAUCCCGGCCCUCGUCCGCCUCCUCGCUGGUGGGGAUCGGCUCCGACAUGGCGUCCGACCCCAUCCUGGGCAGCUGCACCUCCGUGAACACCGUGGGCUCGGACAGCGACCGCCCCGUCAGCCUCAGCUCCUCGGCCUCCUCGGCGUCCCUGCAGGACGGCCAGAGCGCCUUCGGCAGCGGUGCGGGCGGCCUUGGGGGCUGCCCGCCGUCCUACCCCCACCAGAAUGGCAGCGACAUCAGCCUGGACCUCACGCCCGUGGCCCUCCUGGACAGCGGGGAUGGUGAGGCGCACCGCGGCUGGUCGGCCAAGGAGCGCCGGCGGAAGCCCUCCCACCUGGACCGUGUGGUGCUGGAGAUUGUGGAGACGGAGCAGGCCUACGUGCGGGACCUGCGCAGCAUCGUGGAGGAUUACCUGGGCAGCAUCAUUGACUCUGGGCAGCUUCCGCUCAAACCUGAGCAAGUCAACACCUUGUUCUGCAACAUCGAAGACAUUUACGAGUUCAACAGCGAGCUGCUGGAAGACCUGGAGCGCGACGCCAGCGCCCACGCCGUGGCUGAGUGCUUCGUCCAGCGGAGUGAAGAAUUUGAUAUCUACACGUUGUACUGCAUGAACUACCCCAACUCGGUCUCGGUGCUGCGGGAAUGCAUGGAGAACGACUCGCUGGCCCGGUUCUUCCGGGAAAGACAAGCGCUGCUGUCCCACUCGCUGCCCCUGGAGACGUACCUGCUGAAGCCCGUCCAGCGGAUCCUGAAGUACCACUUGCUGUUGCAGGAGCUGGCCAAGCAUUACGACAAGAGCAGCCCGGGCUAUGAGGCCGUGGAGGAGGCCAGCAUCACCAUGACGGCCGUGGCUUGGUACAUCAACGACAUGAAGCGCAAGCAGGAGCACGCAGCUCGGCUGCAGGAGAUCCAGGGGCUGCUGGUCGGCUGGAGCGGCCCCGAGCUGGGGGCCUUCGGGGAGCUGAUCCUGGAGGGGCAGUUCCGGGUGCCGCGCGCGCGCAAGGAGAGGGUCUUCUUCCUCCUCAGCAAGGUGGUCCUGAUCGCCAAGCGGCGCGGCGAAGCCUUCGUCUACAAGAGCCACAUAUUUUGCUGCAACCUGGCCCUGCAGGAGAGCGCGAAGGACCCCACGACCUUCAAGAUCUCCGACCGCUCCAUCCCCAAGCAGCAGCAUGUGGUCCAGGUGAGGAACCAGGAAGAGAAGCGGCUCUGGAUCCAUUACCUGAAGCGGCUAAUAGUGGAGAAUCACCCGGCAUCCAUCCCUCAAAAGGCCAAGCAAGUCCUGCUGGAGAACAGCUUCCAGGGUUCCCCCGAGGACUUCCUCAGCCCAGAGUCGCCCAAGAAGCCCCUGCCUUCCCCUCGGCCGGACGAGUCCUGGGCGUGCGCUCGCAGCCGGCGGCAAUCAGAGCCUCCAGGGAACAUCCACAGUCCCGAAAGGGCCCGUCGAAGCUGCCCCAUCUUGCAGCUGGAGAAGAGCGGCUCUUACCGGCGUGGCCGCAGGCAGUCCGAGCCGGCCAAGGACUCCCAGAGCCUCUUCCAUCAGCCAGACAUGGCCAAAUUAAAGCACCCUGACAGCGAGGGAGAGCUGCCCCCCGCCGCGGAGCCGCCCCGGCCCUCCUUCGGCGCCGGCAGGACGGGGCCGGCGGAGUCCGACCGGGACGAAGGGGAGGCGGAGUUCUGCCUGCCCGAGGAGCCGCUCCCGACCGGCCUCUCCAUCACGGAGGAGAUCCUGGAGCUGCUCAGCCGCCGGGGCCUGGACGCGGAGGGCCGGGGGGGCCGGGCGCAGCCCAGCGCAGGGGAACCGGAGGCGAGCGACGUGCCGGCGCAGGGGGCCGAGGAGCAGGAGGGAUGGGAGCAGCCCCUGCAGAACAGUCUCUUGGCAGAACUGGAGGAGAAGGCGGAGGAGGAGGAGGAAGAGGAGCAUCCGUCCCAGGAGGGCACUGCCUCGGGGGCCACCCGUGCCCCGUGCCCAAGAGACGCCCCCCUGGAGCAGCCUCCGCCGCCCCCCCGCCGCCCCUUCGCCAGGGACUCUUCGGAAGAAGAGGAGCCGCGGCCUCCGGAGCCGCCUGGCGGCCCGUCGCCUCUCCCCACCCGGGAGGGCCUGGCCCCAGAGGAGGCCUGCCCGGCGCCGGGGGGGGCCCAGGACCCGGCCGGGGAGGGGCGAGAGGCCGUGGGCACCCGGAGCCCCGAGCGCCUGCAGGACCCCCGGGCCGGCUCGGGCAGGGGCGAGAGGAGGGAGGCGGCGGAGGGCAGGGCCCGGCGGGACUCGGCGCUGACCAGGGACGACUGGCUGCUGAUCGAGCGGGUGAAGAGCUACUACGAGGGCGUGGAGGCCAUGAGCAGGGGGCCGGGGCUGGGCAGGCGGGACUGCGUGCCCCCCGUGCCGGCCGGCGUGGUGCGGGAGUCCGUGCUCCGCUUCAACAGCAUCCUGGGGCAGAACGAUGCGCGGGACCCGGCGGUGGGAGGGGCCGCGCGCAGGAGGCUCCGCCCCCCACAGAGCGCCCCCCGCCGCGAAGACCCUGGCCGGGGCCGCAGCCAGUCCUGCAACACGCAAGGGCCGGGCUGCCGCGAAGACCCCGGGGAGGGGCGGGGCCCGCGGCCCACAGGCCCCGAACCGCCGCAGAGGGGGCGGAGCUAUUCGGACGGCAGCCGGGCCGCAGACGGCGCCGAACCUCCCGGGGGCAGUGAGGCCCCCCCCACCCCGGCCGGCCAGGGGGACUCGCACGGCGGGCCAGCGGACGGCGCCCCUGGCGGGGAGAAGGGCCCCCCGAGGCAGGGGGCGGGGGGGCUUGGCUUGGGGGACGGGGGGGAGGAGGCCGCCGAGCCCGAGUUCCGAUCCUGCGCAGAGAUCCGGAGGGCUUGGCAGGAGAAGGAGCGCAGCAGCCUGGACACACCGCACAGAGCGGGCCCCGGGCCGAGCCGGGGCCCGCACCCCUCCCCGGAGGCGCCGGCGUUCGCCGAGCCGCUGCGCAUCGUGGAGGACUCGGACCUGGACGACGCCCCCCCAGGCCCGGACAGGGACCCAGACCCGGGGGCCCGGCCCGGCCCAGCCCAGGAAGAGCGCUGGCCGGAGGCCCUGGCGCUGUGCGAGGACAGCGGGGACGCGUGCCUCCUGGAGAACUCGGAGCGCAUCCUCAGCAAAGUGCAGGCGCUGGCCAAGAUGUACAGCGAGAAGAUCAACCGGCUGAAGGCGCAGCGGCGGGGCGGGGAGAGGCCGGGGGGGCGGUCCCGGGCCCCCCGGCGCAGGAGCCCCGGCCGCAGCCUGGCCGCGGCGCAGGAGGAGAGCCGGCCGGCCAGCGUCCCCCACUGUGAGCCGCGGAUCUACGGGCACGUGCUCAUCCACGAGGCACUGCAGCACGUGGUCGGGGUGCAGGAGAACACGCCGCUCGUGGCCGCCACGCGGGGGACGGCCCUCGAGCUGCGCGGGGACAGGCCCCUCCCGCGCCUUUCUCCGGACCUCCUGGGCCCGCUGCGGCGGGAACUGCCGGGCCCCCCUGCCCACCCCGUGGGCGUGGAAGCGGGGGCCUCGCUGCCCGUCGGGCCGGAGGAAGACACCGCCACCCACCGAAGCACCCACGGUUCCCCGCCAGCGCCGUGCAGCAUGGGCCCUGGUGCCCCAAUGGCCUCAGAGCCGAAGUGCAUCAGCGCGAAAGUGGGGGAGGGAGACCACGCCUCCGGGGUGUGCGAGGAGGUGGGGGAGGCCGCUGACCCGUCCCGGGAUCUGGGGGCCCAGCCAGAAAGUCCCACAGGCGUGGGGAUACCUGGCCUUCCCCCCAGAUCACUGCAGAAUUGCAGGGACCCAGAGGGCAAAAGUUCCAGGGGGGCACCAAGGCCCCCGCCGGGCAGCUCUGCAGCUCCGCACGGGGCACGGGGGGCUUCGCCACAGGGGCAGGAGCAGGGCCCAGCCCGCAGAAGCCCCGGGCCCUGGCAGCCAACGAGGGGCGCCCCGAGGAGCAGGGGGGGCUCCCCUCACCCAGAAAGGGCCGAGAACGGCACGGUGGGCCACGAGGGGGGGCUCUGGUGCCCGGAAGACCCCAGAGCCGCUGCCGGGCUUCACAGCCAGGCAGCCCUGAAUCCCAGCUCCGCGCCGGACCCGUCAAAGCUCGCCGGCCCCUCGCUGCUCGCUGCUCUGGGGACUGCGCCCCCCUCGCCCCCCACUGAGCAGGCACCCCCCCGGGAAUGCCCUCCCGCAGGCCCCUUGGGCCUCCGGGCAGCAGAGGCGGGGCCUGCGACGCCCGCCCGGGGCCCUCAGCCGGCCGUGGCCCUUCCCAAGCUGCCGGCCUCGUCGCCGGUCCGCCGGUGCCUCUCCUCCAGCGCGGCCGCCCUCUCCAGGUACAUCGCGGCCUCCUGCAUCAGCCAGAGCCUGGCCAGGAAGGGCGGCGCAGCCCCGGACGAGGAGCGGCCGGCCCACCCCGGCCGGGCCCUCCCGGGGACCCUCGUGGCUCUGCCAUCCAAGGCCGUGCCUGGGGGGCAUGGGGAGGCGGGGAAGCCGCAGGCCCCGCUCCCCGGAGAGGCGGCCACGGCCAGCCCCCCCUCCCGUGACCUCGGCGCCGGGCCCCCCUCACCCCUCCGCCAGGCAGCCAUGCCCCCCACGGCACAGCUCUUCGGGCCCCCCGGCCCCGCCGCCUCCGCCUCGGAGCCCAGCUCCCGGGCACAGUCCCCCUGCCCUGUGAGGCCGCGGUUCUGCUCCCCUCCCCCCACCGCAGCCCACCCGUACACCUUCACCCCCCUGUGCGCCCAGCCCCCUGGGCAGCCACGGGCCCACAUCGUGGCCCCCGUGCCCCUGACGCCGGUCCCUGCUCCGGCAGGGGGCUCCUUACCUCGCUCCAUGCAUCGGCAGCCCCAGGGCAGCGGGGUGGCCGGUGGGGGUCAGCCGGCCGUGGGAGGGGCCCUGGGGGCGCCCUACAGCUCCGUCGCUCCGUGGCCCAAGGUGCCCAGCCCGUGCUUGAAGCGUGUGGACAGAGGAGGCGGGCCAAGCCCCCCCACGAGGCCCCUGGAGCAGGAGGGCUGCCCCGCUCCGGAGCCCCCCGUGGCGCCGGGUCCCACGCGGCCCGUGGACAGGGGCCAGCAGAAGGCCAGCUAUUCCACGACGGUCAACAUCCAGAUCGGCGGCACCGGCCGGAUCUCCUCCUUCAGCAACGCCCAGGUCAGCCUGACCCACCCGCUGCUGGCCUCCCCGGAGCACGUGGGCGCCCGGAAGGCCCACGGCGGCGCCUUGGAGACGCCGCCCCAGACGUGAGCCCAAAGCCUCCGCGCUUCGUGGCACAACCGG